CCCGAGUGUUCCUGCAGACUGUGGUUUUGCUCUGAAGCUGGAGGGUUGGUCCACGAAGCGUCCCAGUUGCUCAAAUGGGAGUAGGCGAGCUGGGAUAGGCUGGGAGUUUGGUCGGGGCAGUCAGCGGGUCGGGACAAGGCAUGAGAAAGGGGGGGAAAGGAAGAACCGAUUAUUAACUUCUGGCUUACGAGAGUCUGAAUGUUGGACAGGAAAUUUUGACGUGAGCAGCUUGACGGGGAGAAAAAAAGGCGUUUGUUCAGAUCGAUCCCAGCCAUUCGGAUGACAAAGAAGCGUCGCAGUGUAAACUUUUUCAACCGGGUGUGAACGCUCGAAACAAAAAAAAAACCCGACAGGGAUAUCUGCUUUUUUUUUUUUCAACGGAUCCGUAAAAAGAAGGGGACAUCAUGCCACGGCGCACCGUGCAAGAAGUAACUGUUCAAGAUGUCCAGAAGCGGAGGAAUCCGAACAAACACUACGUUUACAUCAUCAAAGUGUCCUGGAGCGAUGGCAGUACAGAAACCAUUUACAGACGCUACAGCAAGUUCUUUGACCUGCAGAUGGAAUUGCUGGACAAAUUCCCAGUGGAGGGAGGCCAGAAAGACCCUAAGCGCCGGAUCAUUCCAUUCCUGCCAGGAAAGAUUCUGUUUAGGAGGAGCCACAUCAGGGAUGUGGCAAUGAAAAGGCUAAGACCUAUUAAUGAAUACUGCAGGGCCCUCAUUCAGCUGCCAGUCUACAUCUCCCAGUGCGAAGAGGUCAGAGUGUUUUUUGAGACCAGACCUGAAGACCUCAACCCACCCAAGGAGGAACCCAUUGGGAAGAAGAAAUCAGGGUUUGUGGAGAGAGCAACUACUUUCCUAAAGCGAGGAGACUCCUCCUCAGCAGACCCUCUUGUACUUGACCAGUAUGUGGCAGUAACAGACUAUGAGAAGCAGGAGAGCUCUGAGAUAAGCCUGCAUGUGGGGCAGGUGGUGGAGGUCAUUGAGAAAAAUGAGUCUGGGUGGUGGUUUGUAAGUUCAGAAGAUGCUCAGGGCUGGGUCCCUGCCACCUGCCUUGAGGCCCAGGAUGACCCUGAUGACUUCAGUCUUCCAGGAGAAGAAGAAGAGAAGUAUUCAGUGAUUUACCCGUACUCGGCCAGAGACCAGGAUGAGAUCGACCUGGAGAAAGGCAUGAUUGUUGAGGUUAUUCAGAAGAACUUGGAAGGCUGGUGGAAGAUCAGGUACCAAGGCCGCGAGGGCUGGGCCCCAGCGUCCUACCUGAAGAAGGCUGACGCGCAGAAGCAGUCAGCAGGCGCUCCUCCUCAUGCCAGUACAAAUGACCUAGAUGGGCUUUCUAAACAAAUCCAGCAAAACAACGCCGCUAGAGAAAACCGAGAGAAUAGCCAGAAGGAAAACAGGCUCUCGGUUUUCUCUGAUAACAACAAAAGCAAAGUGGGAUCAAGACACAGACCUCCUCCACGCAGAGAUCUCACCAUUCCACGUGGUACAAACUUACCCAAGCCACCCGUCCCUCCCCAAGUUGAGGAAGAGUUCUACACCAUAGCAGACUUUCAGACCACCAUCCCUGAUGGUAUCAGCUUCCAAGCUGGAGUCAAAGUUGAGGUGAUUGAAAAGAAUGCAAGUGGUUGGUGGUACAUCCAGAUCGAUGACAAAGAAGGCUGGGCACCUGCCACUUUUAUUGACAAGUACAAGAAGACCAGCAAUGCCUUGCGACCCAAUUUCCUCGCCCCGUUGCCCAAUGAGAUGGAGAAGCUGAGGCUGGAGGAUGGUGGUUGUUCGAAUGUUUCAGGUACAGAUGACAACUGGUCCAAGCCCUUACCAGAUGAGCCAAAUGCAGCCUCUGAGUCCUCUACACGCCCAAAGCUCAGAGAUUGGAAGUCCAAUGCCAGCAAGGGGCCCUCUUUCUCUGGGCCUUUGCCCCCAGCCCCAACUGCACCUCCCGCUGAGGAGAAACCUGCUCUGCCGCCUCGAAGAGAGUCUAUUAAUAAGAGCUUUGAAUUGGAGGUAGCAGAGAAAUCGAGGCCAGAUAACUCCAAACCUUUGCCUCCAAAACCCCCAGCUCCUGGGGUCAUCAUGCCACUGGUUACACCUAAACCUCCCCCCUUCAAAUCAGACAAACCCCCAGAGGCCAAGAAAGAUGAAAAGAGCAAAGCUCUUUACCUUCGAAAUGAGAUGGGUCUUGAAUGUGGCCACAAGAUCUCUGCCAAAGAGGUGAAGAAGUUUAAUCUGAAACCUGUACCUAAACAGCCACCAAAACCCAAGCCAGAAUCACAGGAGGAGAAAACCGAGGCACCGGGCCCAGCUGUGUUUAUGAAGGCAAAGCCAGUGGUCCGACCUAAACCCGUUACAGCUGCCAAGCCAGAUCCCCCAGGGGAGAACAAGGUAGACAUCACCAACUUGAGAAGCAAGUUGAGACCAUCUAAGCCAGCAGAUGCUAGCUCAACAGAGGUGAACCAUCAGAAUGACGCCUCGCCAGCAAUAAAUAGUUCCCACACAAGUUCACCCCCUAGCUCUCCUCCAGUGAGCAUCCCACCUCUGAAUAACGGUAAGUAUUCUAAUGAGCCAAAACUUCCACCAAAACACAUCAAUGGUCAUGGCCAGGAGAGCUCAUCGCCUCUUGCAAAACCAGCAGUGCCUCCCCACAAGGAACCCCCUCAGAGACCGCCGGCCACGGUUCCAAAAAGACCACCCCCUCCAAAGAAAACUGAUCCAUCAAGUCCAACUGAACUUAAAUCUCCACCAACUCUUAAAGAAACCCAGGACGUUCCCAAGGCUGGACCACCACAGCUCAGCAGACCACCUCCCCCAAAACCCAAAGGGUUUCAGGCACCAGCAAGCAAAGAGAAGGAAGAGCCCAAGGUGAAUAAAGUCCCAAUUCCUCCAAAGCCCCAGCUGAAGCCUGGGCCACCCAAGGAUAGGCUUCCACCUUUACUCAAGGAGCCCAGCAAGGAUGAGCUGUAUCUUGCUGUGGCAGACUUUGAAGGGGAUGAGCAAACAUCCAGCUUCAAGGUGGGCACAGUGUUUGAGGUUCUGGAAAAAAACAGCAGUGGCUGGUGGUUCUGUAAAAACGUAGGAGAAGAAGUCGAGAGCUGGAUCCCCUCGAAUUACCUGAGCAAGAAACCUUAGGAAGUAAAUGUGCUCGCACACAUCGCCAUAUGAACAUAUAAAUAACUUAAUGAUCUAAAUGAACAAGAUCUCACUAAUUUCUUGCUACUUAGCCUGUUUUUUUUUUUUUUUUUAAUUUAUAGGUACAUUUUUUAUUGACACAUUUUGUUUUGUUUCAUUUUUAUACAAAUAUUUUACCUACCAACUGAACCAGCAAUAACACAUGACCUUGUUGGGUUUUGUAAUGUUUACUUUUUUUAUUUUAUGUCAACUAUAUAUGAAAUCUUAGGUUAAAAAAAAAAGUAUCUUGCUUUUGCUGCCGUAUGUUAGUCACCGUGUCAGUCUCGCCAUUUCUCGGGCUAGAAACUAGAAGAAGCAGUAAAUGUAUCUACACCCUUGCCUUUUAAUAUAUGGUGCCUCAAUAUUAUAUGCGAAGUGCUUCAGCGCUUAUUAAACGGUAUGCAAUGGUAGACGUAGUCCUUGUUGGAGUCUUGGAGUCAUUUUACUAUAAAAUCAAGAAUCGCAUUAUACAUCGCAAGAGUACAGAGUAGCCGUUUAAAUUAACUCACUGGGGGAGUUCAUUGACUACAUCUGAACUUUCAAGCGCUAAUAGUUGGUUAUUUCUUUGCCCAGUGCUGUUUGUUACCUUGGAGAUAUAUUAGCGUUUCCGUGUUGUAUUGCUUUUAUUCUGACUGCAUAAUUAAUGUUGCAACGAAUUGUAACAGAUGUGCACUUUCAGUCAUUUCAGCUGAAGUUUAAGGUUUGCACACACUGAAAGAAAGGGGAGAAUGCCACGGUGCAUUUAGUUUUCUAAGCCAUUUUCAGACUGCUUUCUUUUUUUAUGUUGUUGUUAUCCUCACUGUAGCAAAGAGGCUAUAUUAUCCAAACUGAGAAGGCAAGAAGGGUCUAUAUAUCAAAGUAUUUUAACAUAACUGUUCUCAGAGCCAUCAGUGGGAUUUGCAAAAUGUGAACGGCAGAGCACAUCUGCCUAUUUGACAUAGCAGUUGAAUACCUACAGUCAUUUGUGCAAUGAUUUACAGUAUUGUAAAUGUACAAUCUGUUCGUAACCGAAGUGUGGUGCUCAGAUAACAAAGUAUGACCGUUGUAUAAGAAUAAUGUUUUACAUUGACGCUUGACUGGUCUCAAGCAUGGUCGGUGAAACAAAUUAUUUUUUAUUGUACAGAAAUGAGUCAUAUCUUAACUAUUGUCACUUUUUUUUUGAUGUUCAAUCUAUUUUAUCCCCCUCUGUGCUGAUCAAAGGGUUAGAAGAAGAAAGUUUCAAGAAGGUAUUUGGUUGUUGAUUUGGUUGUUGAUUUGGUUGAUGAUAGGAUUUGCUCACUUAUUGGGUAAUUAAGAAAAAGGUUUGGGGAAACAACUGGCUGGUAAUCUAACAAUUGGUCCAUAUCUCAAGUGUUUACAAAGUACCAAUUGUCUGACACUAAAAAAAUAAAAUCUGUUCAUAGUUAUGGAGAUAAUUAGACAAGGCUGCAAGCUGUAUAACACUAAUUCUGUUCUGCUUGUAGUUGCUAUAAUGUUAUACCAUCUUCCAAUCAUACCAAAGUAUGUUACCAACUUAAAAAAAAAAUCCUAAAGUGAAAUUGUGGGAAAGGACAGAGAAGUACAGUAGUACAGUACAAUGCAAGGCAAGUGUAUAGGUGGAUGGGGUUAUUUCAGUAUUGUAAACAGUUUACUUUUUUGCUAUGUGUUUUCAUUACAGUGUAUCUGCUUUUGCUUUAAGUCAAUAAAAGUUUUGUGAUUUUCCACUUCA